AUGGAACAAAGUAAUGAGAUUGGAAUUAAAUAGGUCUAAGAGUUUAUUAAAAGAAAUGUAGUGAGAGAGAAUAAGAAAUCAUGGAUCAAGUCAAAAAAGAAUUAUCUAAAUAUCAAGAAUAGUGUGAAAAAUAUACAACAAAAGCAUAAAGAUAUAUAAUAGAAAUAUUAAUUAGAUCAAGACACUUUUAAAAAUUAAUUAAUAAAAAAAUUCACCACCCUGAAGAUUCUUUUAGAUGAUGAAAGAAAUAGCACAGAAUAGAUGCUUAUUUAAAAAUAAAGUUUAUUUGAUAAGUGUAUACAAUGGAAGGGAGAGGAAAUAGGUGACUUAAAUACACAAUUGGAACAAUUAAGAAAACAUAUUAAUGAAUUGAAAGAAAUCUACUAACAAAAUAAAGAAAAAUUUCAUUAGUUCAAAGUCCUCUCAUAGAAGAUUAUUAAAAAAUAUAUAGAUUUAAAUGAAAAAGCAUAACAAAAAAUUUUACAGGUUGAAGUUUCGAAAGUGAAUUUUUCUUCUGAAGAAAUUAAACGUACAAACUUACAAUGUCGGUCUAUUAUCGACAGAAUAAUAAGACAAUCAACUACUUCAGGAUUAAUAGAAAGUUUUAGAAUCUAUAGUAUAUGA